UCUCAGAAAUUUCUCAAUGGGUCGAAAAGAUAAAAACAAAAAGAAAGGAUUGGGGGCCGAAAAGACCUCCAUGAAAACGGACAAGAAAGCGAUUGCAAAGCAAAAACGGAUGCUGACCAAACUGGGCGAGGAUGACAUUGAAAAUAUAAUCGCCAAGUUUGAGCCAAAGGACACAAAAUCGUCGGAUUUUACUGAAACCGUUUGUGCGCCUCCAACCGCCCGAGUGAACGUGGGAAUCUGUGCACAUCCUGGCGACAAGGAAGAAAUUUUCCUUCAUGGUGGAGAAUUUUUCAAUGGCCAAAAGAGCACCAUCUACGGCGACUUCUACUCGUACAAUGUUGCCAAACAGGAAUGGAAAGCGCUACGUUCGUCGACCUGCCCGGCGCCGCGUUGUGGCCACCAGAUGGUUUCCGUUGCCUCUGAUGGAGGACAAAUCUGGAUGUUCGGAGGUGAAUAUGCGUCACCUUCGCAGCUCCAAUUCUACCACUACCGAGACCUCUGGGUCUACCGAAUGUCCGGCAAGCAGUGGGAGAAACUGAACGCACCAAAUGGCCCUAGCGCGCGCAGUGGUCAUCGAAUGGUCGCAAGCCGGAAGAAGCUGUUCGUUUUCGGUGGCUUUCACGACAACAACGCAUCCUAUCGCUACUUCAAUGAUCUAUACGUCUUCUCGCUGGAGAACUAUGUGUGGAGUAAAAUCGAGACCAGCGGUAGUGUAAUUCCACCGCCACGGUCCGGUUGCUGCAUGGUUGCUGCCGGCGAUGGUAAAAUUCUUGUUUGGGGAGGAUACUCCAAAACAACGAUUAAGAAAGAAGUCGACCGUGGCACGACGUACACCGAUAUGUACGCACUUUCGGGCACCGACCAAGCCGAUCCGAAAGGAAAUCUGCAGACCAACUUCAAAUGGACCAGUGUCAAGGCGAGUGGCAAAAAACCAGCACCCCGCAGCGGAAUGUCCGCUGCAAUGGCACCGAAUGGGAAAGCUUACGCGUUUGGUGGCGUCAUGGACACCGAGGAGGACGAAGAAAACCUAAAAGGUCUUUUUAGUAACGAACUGCACGUCCUUGACCUCGGUUCAACUACGUGGCGAAAGCUUGAGUCCAGUGCCAAAUCCCGAAAAGGUGCUGACUCCGAAUGCUUCGGAGAAGAUAACCUAUCCGAUAAAAAAACGGAUGCUGCUGAAGGUUCCAAAGUGGUGUCAGAUGAUGGAAUUUUUACAAUGACCGUUAGUGGAACAAGCAGCAAAAACAGUGCAAAAGCCGUCACCGUGGAUAAGGGAGUGCUGGAUUCAGAUGGCCCGUCACCUCGCAUGAAUGCAGCGGUUGUGGUUUGCAAGGGCCGGCUGUACGUCUAUGGUGGACUGUUUGAAACUGGGUCCAAACAGUACACCUUGAGCGAUCUUCAUUCUCUCGAUCUUCAUAAGCUAGGAGCAUGGAAAACAUUGAUUGCCAACAGUUCAGAUUCCGCCGAUUGGCUUGGCUCGGACAGUGAAGGAGAGUCUUCCGGGGACGAUACGGACGAUGAUGAGGAGGAAGAUGACGAUGAAAGUACUGAGGACAGUGACGGCGAUUCGUCUGAUAUGGAAACGGACUAA